UGUUGGGAUCGGACGGGGAAGUGGGUUCGCCAGCCUGGUGCUCAGUUUCACUGGGAUGUGUAUAUGGCUCAAAGUUACCGAGCGAAAAAUGGCUCUCGAGGAAGGCAAAAUUAGUCAACUUAUGCCUGAUUAUUGAUCAAAGAUUGCAAAUUUCUGGAUAUUUUCGAAUACUACGGAGCUUAAAGAAAGUGAGUGUCAAUGUUAUAAAUAUAUAUAUUUAAAAUUUGAGAAUGCAUUCUUUGUAGGAUGACAAACCAUUCCCAAUUAACAUACUGCCUAACACACUGUUACAAACUUGCUAAGCACCGAGGUUUCAACUUCUCCACUUUAGUAGCUCCUCUUCUACGUUCACAAGAACCAUCUUUUCCACGCCGUCGGCUCCGCACCAUAAGCCGCAAGUUCGCCGACCUCUUGCAAAUACCCGCAUCAGGCAACCCAAUACUGUAUUAUAAUACAAUCCAUGGCCAAAUUGUUGUUUCGGGGUUCGGAAAUGAUGUGUUUCUUGCCAACAUCCUCUUGCGUUGGCACUCCAAAUCGGGUCGUCUGCGUGACGCACGGAUGUUGUUCGAUAACAUGCCUGAGAGGAACUUAAUUACUUGGUCUUCAAUGGUAUCUAUGUACAGCCAACAUGAUUGUAAUGAAGAGGCCUUGAUGGUGUUCUUGGAACUUCUGAGAAGUUCUGACGAGAAUCCUAAUGAGUAUGUUUUAGCUAGCGUUAUUCGCUCUUGUAGGCAAUUAGGUGCAGUUGAUCAAGGUGUCCAGGUGCAUGGUUUUGUAAUUAAGACAGGCUAUUUUCAAGAUGUUUAUGUGGGUACCUCGCUGAUUGAUUUUUAUGCAAAGAAUGACUAUAUGGAUGAAGCAACAUUGGUUUUCGAUGGUUUGACAGAGAAAACUGCGGUUACUUGGACUACAAUCAUAGUGGGGUAUGUGAAAAGUGGAAGAAGUGAAGUUUCGUUGCAGUUGUUUAACCAAAUGAGAGAAACUGAUGUUGUUCCUGAUAAAUAUGUGCUGUCUAGUGUAUUGAGUGCUUGUUCAGCGCUUGAGUUUGUUGAAGGAGGAAAACAAAUUCAUGCUUACGUGUUGAGGAGGGCAACGGAGAUGGAUGUUUCAGUGACCAAUGUGCUUAUAGAUUUCUAUGCAAAAUGUGGUAAAGUACAUACGGCACGCAAAAUAUUUGAUAAAGUGGUGGUCAAGAACAUAAUAUCGUGGACCACAAUGAUUGCAGGGUACAUGCAAAAUUCAUUCAACUUGGAGGCCAUGAAGUUAUUUGCUGAAAUGGCCAGACUGGGUUGGAAGCCUGAUGGAUUUGCUUGCACUAGUAUUCUCACGUCUUGUGGUUCACUUGAGGCUUUAGAAAAUGGGAGACAAGUGCAUGCUUACACUAUCAAGGCAAACCUUGAGUAUGAUGAUUUUGUAAAAAAUGGUUUGAUUGAUAUGUAUGCAAAGUGCAGUUCAUUAACAGAUGCUAAAAGAGUUUUUGAUGCUAUGGCUGAUCAUAAUGUGGUCUCUUACAAUGCAAUGAUUGAAGGAUACUCGAGAGAAGAGAAGCUGAAUGAAGCAUUGGAUCUUUUCCAUGAGAUGAGGUGUAGAUUAUUCCCACCUAGUCUCUUGACAUUUGUUAGCCUUCUUGGUGUAUCAACUACUUUAUUUACCUUAGAAUUGAGUAAGCAAAUUCACAGCCUGAUCAUCAAAUAUGGGGCAUCUCUGGAUGUAUUUGCUGGGAGUGCUUUGAUAGAUGUGUAUUCUAAGUGUUCGUGUAUAAGGGAUGCAAGGUUUGUCUUUGAGGAGAUAACUGAAAGAGAUAUUGUUGUAUGGAAUGCAAUGUUUUGUGGAUAUACUCAACAGUUGGAAAAUGAAGAGGCUCUCAAGCUCUACUCGGAAUUACAGUUAUCAAGACAAAGACCUAAUGAAUUCACUUUUGCUGCCUUGAUCACCGCAGCCAGUAACCUAGCAAGUCUCCAGCAUGGUCAACAGUUCCAUAACCAGGUCAUAAAGGUAGGAAUAGACUCAGAGCCUUUUGUUACAAAUUCCCUCGUGGAUAUGUAUGCCAAAUGUGGAAGCAUGGAAGAGGCAUGGAAAACUUUUAAUUCCACAGUUUGGAGAGAUGUUGUGUGCUGGAACUCCAUGAUCUCAGCUUAUUCGCAGCACGGGGAAGUAGAUGAAGCUCUUCAGGUGUUUAAAAGGAUGAUAAAGGAGGGAAUAAGACCCAACUAUGUAACAUUUGUGGGUGUGCUCUCAGCAUGUAGUCAUGCUGGGCUUGUAGAAGAUGGACUUCGUCAUUUUGAAUCGAUGGUUGAUUUUGGAAUUGAACCCGGGACAGAACAUUAUGCUUGCAUAGUUUCUCUUUUGGGCCGAGCAGGCAAACUCUUUGAAGCAAAGGCAUUUAUUGAGAAAAUGCCAAUAAAACCAGCAGCAGUAGUAUGGAGGAGCUUGCUCAGUGCGUGUAGAGUUGCUGGUAAUGUUGAUAUGGGGAGAUAUGCAGCAGAGAUGGCAAUUUCAAUUGAUCCAACGGAUAGUGGAUCAUAUAUUUUACUUUCCAAUAUUUUUGCAUCUAAAGAUAUGUGGGUAGAUGUCAAAAGGCUGAGGGAGAGAAUGGACUUUAAUGGGGUUAUAAAAGAACCUGGAAGCAGCUGGAUAGAAUUGAAUAAGGAUGUUCAUACAUUUAUUGCAAAAGACACAGCUCAUGCUGAGGCCGAUCUUAUAUACUCAGUUUUGGACAAUAUAAUUCUGCAGAUCAAAGGGAUUGGUUAUGUGCCUGACUCUGCUACGCUUUUCACGAAUGAUUGAUGAGAAACAUGUGUUGAGAGUUGUUUAUUUCCUUAGUUUUACUGUAGCAUUUACUGUAACACUUAUUUAAUGUAUUUGCCCUCCAUAGUAUAAAUAAGAAAAUGAAG